CACACACACACACACACACACACACACACACUCACACACAUACCACACCACACACACUCUGACACACACGCUCAGACACUCGGCACACACCUCCUCAGCAACGCCCGGGGAGCUGAAGGAAAACUGACGAGAGGAAGGAAGGAAGCAGGAGAGAGAGAGAGAGAGAGAGAGAGAGAGAGAGACCGGCUAAGAGAAGAGGUGAAAGAACAAGAGAAAAGAGGAAAUUUUGGGAAAACGUCAGUCAGGUUGUCCAAUUGAAGAGCUACCCCCCUGAAGCCCCCUGCUGACAGAAAACAAGCACAACUCUGUACAGGUCCCAGAGCUUCAUGAGUGUGUGCCCAUAACCUCCACUGCACCUCUGUGUGUGUGUGUGUGUGUGUGUGUGGCACCAUGCUGUGGACAGUGCUACUAGCGCUGCUGGUGCUCCUGCUGCUGCAGACUCAGCUGUCUGUGUGCUUAAGGGAAUUACGCAGCAGGGGUUCCAGUUCCCCUGCCUCCUACUCUUCAUCAUCCUCUUCCUCCUCCUCUUACAAUGCCACACAGCAGCGGCUGCCCGGGGCAAUUAUUAUUGGCGUGCGGAAAGGUGGCACCAGAGCUCUGCUGGAGAUGCUCAACCUGCACCCAGAUGUGGAAGUGGCAAAGGCUGAGGUGCACUACUUCAACGUGGAGGAGCACUACCGCCAAGGCCUGGCCUGGUACAGAGCCCAGAUGCCCUUCACCGUCCCUGGCCAGCUGACAGUGGAGAAGACCCCUGGCUACUUUGCGGCCCCUCAGGUUCCUGCACGUGUCUGGGACAUGAACCCCGCCGUCCGCUUGUUACUCAUCGUCCGGGACCCUGCUGAGAGGCUGGUCUCAGACUACACCCAGGUCCUCCACAACCGACUGACCCGCCACAAGCCCUACCAGCCGCUCGAGGAGCUCCUGCUCCACAAGGGCCACAUUGACCCUGGGUACAAGGCGCUGCAGAGGAGCUUGUACCACCAACAUCUGGCCCGCUGGCUGGAGGUCUUCCCCAGGGAGCAGAUCCAUGUGGUGGACGGUGACAAACUAAUUCGAGAUCCCUUCCCUGAGCUGAGAAAGGCUGAGAGGUUUCUAGACCUGCCACCCAGGAUAAGCCCCAACAACUUCUACUACAACACCACCAAGGGCUUCUACUGCCUCCUGUCUGCCGGACAUGACAAGUGCCUGGAUGAGUCUAAAGGCAGGCCGCAUGCACCGCUGAGCACCCAGGCCUUUACGAAGCUUUGUCGCUACUUCAGGAGGCCAAACAAGUUGUUCUUUGAGAUGGUGGGGAGGUCAUUUUCCUGGUGCUGAUCCAGUGGUGAAUAGCAACUGUGGAGAUAAAACACCUCCUGAACAAUGUCAACACCUUCAGGGACACAGACGGAGAAAGAAAACUGUUGGUGUGUUUUUGUAGGCAGAUGGGUGGGAACGAUUUUCAUUCAGUUAAAGUCAUAAACAUCUCUUGUUGUUGAUACCUACUCAGGUGUAGAUGUGGCCAACAAGAACAGCACAUAUGUGUGUAACGAUUUGUGGAGAAUUCAAGCUGCUUGUGUUGAACAUGUGGCCAACACAAACCUUUUACGAUGACCAUACCGGUGCCUCCUUGGAUAAACUCUUGACGAAGCUAUGACAACUGUGCCAUACACGAGUUUGAAACUAAAAACACAACUAACUGCUCAUUAGUGCUUAUAUGUGGAGACUUUGAAGUGACGUAGAAAUAAAAAAAAAAGAUUGUUGAAUUCAUUAAUUGUUGCACUAUGAACUCUAAUUGCAUAAAAAGUCAAUCGAGGUUCAAUGUACUUCUUGCUUUGAUUAUUCUCUACAGUUGUAACGUAUGUAAUGUGUGUUUGUAAUGUUUUAGUUGAGUUGUUUUUCCUGUUUACUUAAUUCUUUGUUAUUUUAAAUGGUGGACUUUUAGAGUUUCAGUGAAAAUAUCUUUUUUUUAUAUAUAUAUCUCUUUUUUAAGUUGCUACAUUGUCUUUACUUUUAAGUAGUCUAGUAGUAUCGCUGGUUUGUGUUUUUUUAAGACAUCCUUCUAAUAAAUGUGGUAAGUC